UCUCUCACACACACACACACACACACACACUAGACACGGAGCAUCCUGAACAGAAACAGCGCUUACAAUCACCCACAGCUCAGCUUUUACAUAUGCACCAGCCGGGACGAUUAAAAAAAAGAAACUCUGAGCGCUUGAUUUACAGGCAUUAUACCCAAUGCAAACUGAUUCCGUCUUCGCUGAUAUUUUGCUCAAAACCUUCGUAUCGGAACGGGACAGGCAAAACGUGAACGUGUCUCAGCUCGUGUGUGAUCUGAUGCAGAGAUCAUCCGCUAAUCCUCUCCAGUGUGGGGAUCGCAGAUCUUUCUGAUUUUCUUAUGUUUCGACCGACUAAUGCUAUAAGUCAGCCGUGCAGAUAAUCGGUGCCAUUGAACUCAACCUCGCUCGCACACUUCACACAGGAGGAGGAGGAGGAUGUUGAUGAAGGAAUACAGAAUAUGCAUGCCGCUCACCGUGGAAGAGUACAGGAUUGGGCAGCUGUACAUGAUCAGCAAACAUAGCCACGAGCAGAGUGAGCGGGGUGAAGGUGUGGAGGUGGUGCAGAAUGAGCCGUUUGAGGACCCCACAUACGGUUCUGGACAGUUCACCGAGAAACGUGUCUAUCUCAACAACAAGCUGCCCAGCUGGGCACGAGCGGUUGUUCCCAAGAUCUUCUAUGUAACAGAGAAGGCGUGGAACUAUUACCCACACACAAUCACUGAAUACACAUGUUCUUUCUUGCCAAAGUUUUCCAUUCAUAUAGAGACAAAAUAUGAAGACAACAACGGAAGCAAUGACAAUAUCUUUGAAGAGCCCAAAGUUGAGGACACAGAGGUGUGUUUUGUUGACAUUGCAUAUGAUGAAAUCCCAGAGCGCUACUACAAAGAAUCUGAGGACCUGCGCUAUUUUAAGUCAGAGAAGACAGCACGGGGAUUGCUGCAGGAGGGCUGGAGAGACACUCAGGAGCCCCUCAUGUGCUCCUAUAAGCUGGUGACGGUGAAGUUCGAGGUGUGGGGCCUGCAGACACGAGUGGAGCAGUUUGUUCACAAGGUGAUAAGGGACGUGUUGUUACUAGGUCACAGACAGGCCUUUGCCUGGGUGGAUGAAUGGAUUGACAUGACAAUGGAGGAGGUGAGAGAGUUUGAGCGCACCACACAAGAAGCCACCAAUAAGAAGCUAGGCACAUUUCCUCCAGCCAUCUCCAUCAGCGAGACACCCCUGCCAUCCUGCACCCACAGCGGACCAUCCAGUGCCCCGUCCACCCCCCUUUCCACAGAAGCCCCGGACUUCCUCUCUGUUCCCAAAGACAGACCAAGAAAGAAAUCAGCACCGGAGACACUCACACUCCCCGACCCAGCAAGGAGAGACUCCGGUUAUCGGCUGACGAGCCUCUUCUCCUGGGGCUCCAGCUCCCGUCAGCCUGAAUGACCCACGCAGGGAAGAGCCAAAGUCUAGUAAUGCAGCUGUCAGAAACGUGUCUUCUAGGCACACACACAGCAAGCCAGUCUCUGUUUAAACUAAGAGACACGCAAACACACACGCAAAGUGGAUUUCCAACCUCGCCAAGCUUAAACUCUACACAGGGGUUUAGUCGAGAUUUUACCUACAGUUGAAUAGCGCAUUCCAACUUUCAAAAAGCAAAGUAGUUGACAGUUUACAAUAACUCAGGAGUUGUUCAGUUGUGUUACGUUUUUGAAAAUAAUUCUUGCUACUAGUUAUUUAGAUUUGUUAUUCCAGAUGGAUUGACUGUGUGUGCUAAUCGAGGUGAAACAUAUUUAGUUUAAUGGAAGAGAACCAGAUCCACUUUCUUAAUACAGAGUUUCAACACGUCAAUGUUCUGUUAAGUAGAUAUGAUGUUUUGUUUUUUGGUUUGCUUGAGUGACUGGAUUAGCACUGCUAUCCAUUUCUAAAAAGUCACAGUAUUGCUGAGUAUUAUAAUAAGUGUACUACAGUUCAUGAGAAUGCUUGUAUUCCGGAUUUAUUCAGGACUCUUUAUUCCAACAAUAGUGUCAGAACCACUGGACCUACUGUUGUCUGUUGCUGGAUAGAUGGCCUGCCAAGUUUCUGUAUAUACUGUAUCUUACUACCAUCCUAAAUUGUUACCUAUUGUCCAUUAACACUUUACCAUUUAUAAUAUAAAGGUACUUGAGUAUAUUGUGUUUUACAGGAUAUUUUAAUGGUUUAACAUGUGGUGCAUUGCAUUAUGUAUAUAGAAAAUCAUGUUUGUAAGGAAUGCUGUCUUGAAUGCGAUAUAUUCUUCUUGUGCAAAGGGAAUGCUUGCUGUUGGGCAACGUUUACAUUGUGAAUGUAAAAGGCUUAUUGCUCUCAAUAGUUCACACAAUAUUCAUUUCGUUCUUUUCUAAGAAACCCCAGCACCAAGCACAUGGCCAUAUGAAAUCAGAUCUUUGUUGUAAACAGCUAGUAUAAAAUAAAAAAUAAAGCUUUUACUCUCGA